AUGGGCCCAAAGAAAUAUACCAAGUUUCAAGAAAACAGGGCAUUAAAGCCUAUGGCAAAUGUCUCUAUUAAAUUUGAGAAAAAAUUAGGUCCAGAUGGUGAUGAGAUAUAUGAUACAACUGGCCAAUCAAAAUUUGUCCUUAAGAACCUCAGACACUACACAGUCCAUCCAAAUAUGGCCAAAUACUAUGAGCCUUUGAAGCCCACUAAGCUGCAAAGAUUCCUGGCUCAAAGGAAGAAAAUCAACAGUUUCAUGGUAAACGUCACAGAGUACGAUCAGGAUAUGACCUUACUGCUCAUGACCAACAACCCACCUCCCUGCUCUGUCAGCCAGCAGGAAAAGGAAGGAGCUCCAAAAUACUUUCCCCCGGAGUUUCAGUUCAAGGAAACUCACCAUCAGCACAAACCCACCAAGGACUUCUGCCUCCCCAUGAUGCCUCAGAAGAAGAAGUUAAGACCAGAUCUGAAGCCAAUCUUCUCUGUGAAACGGACAGGCGACCCUGCCUCCAAGGGACAGCAGUGGUUUAGGUUUUCCACUGACAAUGAUUUCAAGACUGAAGGAAAGUAUUCCGAAAUUUAUGCUUUGAGGAGACAGAAGAAAAUGUAUCCUGAUCUCAUCUUUGCUCCAGCCUCCCAAGUAGAGGUGAAGAAAGACGUUUCCAAGUCAAAGGGUGAGCCACCAACUUCGCAAGUCCUUUGGGAACCACUGACAUUUUCAAAGCUCCUGGAAGAGAAGCCCACCAGAUGUGUGCCAGGAGAUAGCGUCUUUCGCUAUGGAAGAGCCCAGCAGUGGGUUAUCAAAAAUGCCGCUGUCAUUUAG